AUAAUAGUCUAGUAAUUUCUAGAGCCCUGAGUAGAGUAGAGACAGUAGUACAGUAGACUGAGUAGAGUCAGAGAGUAGAGUACUAGAGUCAGACUCACUAGAUUAGUAGAUCUAGAUAAGUAGAUUACAGAUGACGAGCGGUGUGCACGCCGGACCACAUCAUCGAAUAGAUUUUUUAAAAAAUGAAAUAGAGAAGAACCCAUUUUAAAUAGUUUUAUUAGAAACUCGUAGCACUACUAGACCUAGUUACACACAUGAAUAUCAAACGAGUUGUUUGUGGCAUAUCUGGAGGAGUGGAUAGUGCAGUUGCAGCACUUCUAUUAAAACGAAAAGGCUAUGAUGUUGUUGGUCUGUUUAUGAAAAACUGGGACAUCAGAGAUGAAAAAGGCAAAUGUUCAUCAGAUGAAGAACUAGAAGAUGCUGCAUGGGUCUGUAAAACUCUGAAUAUACCCUUCCAUGAAGUCAACUUUGUGAAAGAAUAUUGGAAUGAAGUAUUUAGUGACUUUAUUAAGGAUUAUUCAAGUGGAAUCACACCAAACCCUGACAUUCUCUGUAAUCGUAAUGUCAAAUUCAAACAUUUUCUCAAUUAUGCCAUAUCCAAGUUUGGAGCUCAAGCCAUAGCUACUGGACAUUAUGCUCAAACAAGUGUGGGUUAUGAUUUGGACACUAUUGACCCUAGAAUAGGUGUCUCCUUGCUGUGUUCCAAAGACAAAGAAAAAGACCAGACAUUUUUCCUUAGUCAGAUCACCCAGUCAGCAUUACAGAAAACAAUAUUCCCUGUAGGUGACCUUCUCAAAAGUGAAGUGAAACAAAUUGCCUCACAAGCUGGGUUAGAGAGGAUUGCCAAGAAGAGAGAGAGUAUGGGAAUAUGUUUUAUUGGAACCAGGAAUUUUCAUAAUUUUAUUGAAGAGUACAUUGAACCAAAAGAAGGUCCUUUUAUUGAUGUUGAAACUGGCAAGCAGAUUGGAAGUCAUAAAGGCACACAUUAUUGGACAAUUGGUCAGCGAUGUCACAUAGGUGGGAAGCAUGCUGCUUAUUUUGUGUGUGAAGUCCGUCCUUAUUCUAAAGAAGUUAUUGUGGCACCAGGAUAUGACCAUCCAGCACUCUUCUCAGAAGUGUUCCGGACCGAUCCUUGCCAUUGGAUCCAGGCUCCACUCCAAUCUGUCCAUCAGUCCAAAUCUUUUGAGGCAGAGUUUAGAUUUCAGCACAAACAUCGCCUGAUUGGCUGUUCUGGCUAUCUAGAAGAUUCAAGGUUCUGUGUGGUCAAGCUGUCCAUGCCCAUGAGGGCUAUUACUCCUGGCCAGUAUGCAGUCUUCUAUAAAGACAAUGUUUGCUUGGGAAGUUCUAGAAUUUUAGAAAUUGGACCUUCUAGGUUUGAUCUGGGUGUCACAGAAAAAAUACAGUUUCCCAAGGACUUAUCCUGACACUUAUAUUAAAAAUAGUAUAUUUGUUAAGUAGGGGUGGCUGAAAGGUGAUAUACCAAACAGGUGCUAUAUAUCAGGCUUGAAAAGGAAUGGUUUUAAGCAUUAUAUGUGGUCUAAAGAUCAUGUAAAUCAAGAUGUGGGCAACAAGUGUUUAAAAAAAAAAUGUUGCAUGUGUAUUUCAGGGUUUAAAAGCAAUAUUAUACAUUACAUACAACCAGUAAAAGAAUUACUGACAUAGUUCCCAAGAGAUAGUUCCCUAGAGUAGUCAAAAUUUAUAUUUGCAGAUAACCAAUAAAAACAAAUUAUUGUAUAUGAUGUUUAUCUACUUAAAAGGAUAUGAGCUAGUCAUUUUUUUAUAGAGGGAACAUUUUGAUCUUGUUUAAGAUUUUGAUCUUGUUUAAGAGUAUUCAUUUUCAUAAAAUGCAAACUUCUGCAGAUUACAAGGAUUGUGUCUUUACUAUUACAAAUAAUACAUUGUCAUAUUUGGUGUAUGUAUCAACAACAAAAUACAAAGUUAGAAUUUAUUUUAAUUAUGUUAAUUUAAGUUCCAAUCAGAAUAAAAGUUAAUUAUUUAUAAGCCAUAGAUCCCUAAUGUACUUAGAUAAGCAUUCAUGAAAAAAACUGUAAUGUUUAUAGUAUUGACAUCAUCCUUGGAAUGAAUGGAAAUCUUAUGUUAUUUUUUGAGACAUAUGUUUAAUAAGUUAUGGAACAACAUUGGUGGGGUUUAAAAUAAUUACAGGGAUAGCAAUAACAUUCUUAGGUGGACUUUCAAAUUUUAAAUCCAUAAUAGUUAAAAUAAUGUCUUAAAAGAAACAACUUCUAAAGACCAUGGUAAAUUGAUUACCCAAACAAAAAAAUUAAUAGGAAAGCUUAGAAAGUAUUUCUAUCAUUCUCUCCCUUUAUUCAGAACUGUGAGAAUGGGAUGUUGUUGUGUAUCUAGAAAGGGUUAUCAAUUGUAAUCAUUUCAAAAAAUAAAUACAGGAAAAAGGAAGGUAGCUAUUUGUGUAAAGACUGAAACAUUGGAGAGUUCUCAACUUCAGUUCAUACUUUCUCAUCUUUCAACCAUUAAGCAGAAAUCACCAGCUCCCAAACAUAAAACAUUUUGUCUGUAUCAGAUACUGUAUCCUACUGUACUUGCCCUAGUUACUAUUUAAAUAAUAUACAAAAUUUAAUUUGUUUAAAGUCUGAGUCAUGCUACACACUGCAUUUCAUUGUUUUGUUGUUUUAAAGACAUGUAUUUAUUGCUGAUCAUGUCUGUUUUGCAACUUUGUUUUUAAUGAUUAAUAUUUGAUGAAAAAUUGUUUUUGUAGUGUUUCAUUUCACAUUAGAAGUGCAGACUAUUUAUUUAAAAGUUUUUACCUUAACAAAACAUUUGAUGUAAAACAAAAUUAUGUUUCCACUCAUAGUUUAAAUUUUUAAAACUCAUGAUCAAAUAAUGAAAUGGAUAAAAUUUAACCAAGUUGUUUAAAAUUUUCACAUUUUAAAUUUAAAUGUUAAAUUAUUUUUUUUCUUAAAACACCAGGAACUCUUUUAUUAUUUUCAAAUUUUAGAUUUUGAUUUACUGUAUUUUUAAGAAAUUAAAAUUAUAUAGAUUUAUGAUUCUAGAAGUAUAUUAUAUUAUGAGCUAUUUGCUUUUAAGAAAAAUUAUUUUGUAUUGUUCUUGUAUAUUUUCAAAUGUCUGGAAAACUUGUUUAAAGCACUAUUCAAAGUUGUAUUUGUAUUGAGGCCUUUUGUUUUUUGUCACUUUUCACUUCUUGAGCUUAACUAAUUAAAAAUAACACACAAUAAUGUUAACACACACACUAAAGAAAAGUACAGCACUGCAAAUAAAACAUUUUAAGUGA